UGUGAACUAAAAUUUUAAAGGAAUGGCUACAAUGAGCUCUGAAGUAUUUAUUUCUGAAAAUGAGGCAGAUCUACCAGAAGAUCAGCAAGUUAAAGGAAAUGAAAAAAGUGCAAUAUUGGAUAGACUUGGGGAAGUGUUCUCAUCUGUAACUGUUGAUGGCUACCUGACAGUAAAGGACUUAAGCCAAGCAAUGACAUCUCACAAGGAUUUUUCUUGCAUGUUGUUUGAACUAAUUGAUGUCUGUAGCAUUGGUAGUGUAAGUCCGGGAGAAGUGAUUAAAGCAGUAACAAAGCUACAGAAAGGCAACAAGAAAUAUUUAAAAAGAAAUGAUAUGAAGUGGUUUGAAAACAAGAUUUGGCAUGUAGCAAGAAAUAAUAACAAUUCACUUAAGAAAGAUCAGUUUCAAGAAUUGUUUGAAGUGGAUGGUUUUGUAGUUAAAUUUUCUGAGCUUCUUCUUGGGGGUACUGAUAGAAUUAAUGUUUCAGAUAUGUUACAGUCAUUUCAACUGGUAUUGAUUAGUGACACUGAGGACAAUAGUUUGUUGUGGUAUGAGAGAAAGUUCUCUGCUGUUAUGGAUGGUAACAAGCAAGUAAAAUUUGAAGAGUUCAAGAAAGCCUUAAAUAUAACUAAAUCAACAUUUUUUGCCGAGAGAUUCUUUCAGAUUUUUGAUACAGAUCACAGUGGAUCAGUUAGUGUCAAAGAACUGAUUGAUGGACUUACAAUUGUAAUACACGGCAGUCAAGUUGACAAAUUAAAAUUUCUUUUCAUGGUUUAUGAUGUUGAUGGUAAUGGGUAUAUUGACUUUGAAGAGUUGAAGACAGUACUAAGGUCUUGCAUGGAUGAAAGUGCUCUAAAUUUGAGUGAUGAAAAUUUAAAUGAAUUAACUAAUACAUUAUUUGAAGCAGCUGAUGCAGAUAGAAGUGGAGAAAUUAGCUUUGAUGAACUAAAGCAGGAAUUAGAAAGACACCCUGAAAUUGUUAACAAUCUGACCGUAAGUGCUGCAAGUUGGUUGCAACCAAACUCUCAAAAAAGAAGUUGUUUUGAGCAUGUGCCUCACUGGUUAAAGUGGAAAUAUAUCAGAAAUAAUAUACCUUUGAUUUUUUGCAUUGCACUCUGGAUAAGUGUCAAUGUUAUUCUAUUUGUUGAAGCAGCAAUGAGACAUAAAGACAAAGGUACUUUUGUUUUGAUAGCUCGAGGAUGUGGGCAAUGUUUAAAUUUUAAUCCUGUUAUUGUUCUUUCUCUAAUGAUGAGAAAGUGUAUGACAUGGCUUCGGUCAUCCAGAGUAUCUGGACUACUACCAUUGGAUCAAUACAUUGAGCUUCACAAAUUGACUGGUUAUGCUAUUCUUUUCUAUUCAACUUUACAUUUUUUGGCACAUCUUGCAAAUUUUAGCUCAAGAGAAAUUCAAGGCAUUGAAACUAAUUUUACUAUGUGGAUGUAUUUAUUUGGAGUUGGGACAGACUUAGGAUGGGUUGGUGGAAUGGCUGGUUUGACUGGAUUUCUUUUAUUAAUCAUCAUUGCUAUCAUGUUUAUUUGUGCAUUGCCUUUUAUUAGACGUAGUGGACAUUUCCAAGUGUUCUAUUGGACGCAUAAUCUCUAUAUUGCAUGGUACAUCAUACUAAUUCUUCAUGGUCCGAACUUUUGGAAAUGGUUUGCUGUUCCUGCUAUAAUUUAUAUUGGAGAGUUUGUUUUACGAUUAAAAAUAAUCAAAUUAGUUCGUUAUGGAAAAACAUACAUUGAGGAAGGAAUAUUACUCCCAUCAAAAGUGGUUCAUCUUGUUAUUACACGACCAGGAAAUUUCAAUUUUUAUCCUGGAGAUUAUGUUUUUAUACAAAUACCAAAAGUGGCAAAAUAUGAAUGGCAUCCUUUUACAAUAAGCUCAGCACCUGAGAAGCAAGGUGUAUUCUGGCUACAUAUUCGUGCUGUUGGGACAUGGACUGAAAGGCUUUAUAAACUUUUUGAAGCUAAGAACAAAAGAAAGUCAAAAGGAUCAGUUCCUUUGCAGUUGCUAACACAACCAAAAAUUCACCAUCCUGUGUCUAAUAAAGUGGCUCCAAUUGCAAUUACUGCAACUGAAGAUGAAGAGCAUCCAAUGGCAGCAACUGACAGGCAUAAUGGACAGAAUUUUGGACACAUGCAGUAUGAUCCUGUUGUUAUCCAGGUACAACUUGAUAAUGAAAACGAAGAGGCCAUUGAAGUUUUUUUUGACGGACCAUAUGGAAGCCCAUCUGUUCAUAUUUUUCAAGCUGAACAUGCAGUACUCAUAGGAGCUGGAAUAGGGGUCACCCCAUUUGCCUCAAUUCUUCAAAGUAUAAUGAUAAGAUAUCAAAAUGGAAGGCAAGUUUGCCCAAGGUGUAAUCAUCAUUGGACUGGUGACAUACCUCCAACAAUUAUGACAUUAAAAAAGGUUGACUUCUUUUGGAUCAAUCGCCAUCAAAAAUAUUUUGAAUGGUUUGUGUCUCUGCUUAGUCAACUUGAAAUAGAACAAAUGGAAAGUGGAUUCAAUCGGUUUCUUGAUAUGCACAUGUAUAUGACAUCAGCACUUGAUAAAACAGACAUGAAAGCUAUUGGUCUACAUAUGGCACUUGAUUUGCUUCACAAGAAAGAAAAAAGAGAUCUUAUAACUGGUUUAAAGACAAGGACACAAGCUGGUCGCCCCAAUUGGGAAGAAGUAUUUGCUACCAUAAAUUGUGAGAAAAAGGGGAAAGUAACAGUUUUUUAUUGUGGAUUGCCAUCUCUUGGCAAAAUACUACAAAAGUACUGUGUAAAAUAUGGUUUUGGAUUCAGAAAGGAGAACUUUUGAUUGCUUUGUAAUUUCUGGGCCAUCCUGAUGGAUUUUAGUUGUUUUUAAUAUUUUGUUUUGUAAGCAACUUCAUUAAUUUUCAUCUUUCAUACUUAUAUCAAUGAAAAAUUA